AUGACAGGAUUUUGCUCCAAGAUUCAGGCGUAUAAGGUUGCAGGAAGUGCUGGUUGUAUCUUCAACAGUGGAAAGACUGGGCACCCAAUCCUUUCAGAACUUCAUAAAUCAGCCCAGCAGGUUCGACUUGACAAAGGAACAAUCUCCGUCAAUGACCGAAUCUGUGGCAAGGUAAUUCAAACAGAAGAGUCAUCAUCGCUCUGCCCUAUUGGAUACUUCCCAUGUGGUAAUCAGAGUGUGUGCCUGCCACUGCAUCUUCGUUGCAAUGGAGUCGAAGAAUGUGAAAAUGGAACAGAUGAAAGCAAUUGUGUUGACAAAGUAAUUCAAACAGAAGAGUCAUCAACGCUCUGCACUAGUGGAUACUUCCAAUGUGGUAAUCAGAGCGUGUGCCUGCCACUGCGUCUUCGUUGCAAUGGAUUCGAAGAAUGUGAAAAUGGAACAGAUGAAAGCAAUUGUGUUAUCAUUAAAAGAGAACGGACAUCACCGUUCUGCCCUAGUGGAUACUUCCCAUGUGGUAAUGAGACUGUGUGCCUGCCACAGACUCUUCAUUGCAAUGGAAUCGAAGACUGUGAAAACGGAGGAGAUGAAAGCAAUUGUGAUGAUUUAUCUGGCUGGCCUCAGGUUAUGGAAUGGUACAUGACACAACUUAUUCUUGUGGUAGACUCGACGGAAAAUUGCACACUUACGACAUAUCCAAGUAGAUGCACGUGUCAAGGGAUGUCUGCCGGCUGUAACAGCCUAGGGCUUCUCACAAUGCCAACGUUCUCUUCCAAUUUAGCUGUACUGUUGUUACAAUAUAAUUUAAUUAGUACCAUAUCCAAGAAAUCCUUUUGGGGGCUGUACAGCUUGACAAAACUCAUUCUGAGUCACAACCGAAUUAGUGUCUUGGAGCCAGGACUUUUCAAAGAUCUCCAUCAUCUUGAGUGGCUGAUCUUGGACAAUAACAUGAUAAGAAGUGUCACUCGGAAGUCCUUUGACGGUUUGAAACUUCUCUUCUUCUUAUAUUUGACAAAUAAUUCAUUGGAUCAUGUUCCCAACGUCUGUCGUGAGAUUCCAAAUCUGCGUUGGCUUGAUCUGGAAGGGAAUAACAUUGUCACAAUCGAGAAGGCAGCAUUGGAGAUGUGCACCAGUCUUUCAGUCCUAGACCUGUCUGCAAAUAUGAUUGAAGAAUUCCCACCUACAUUUUUCAGAGGCCUUAGGUACAUGCAGCUGAUGAAUUUAUCAGGUAAUCCUAUCAACCAUCUACAUGUGAAUCAAUUUGAUGACCUUGCAAGUCUCAGGUCCCUAGACUUGGAUAACAUCGACAGUUUGAACAUAGAGACCCGAAUGUUUAAGAAGGUGGAGAGACUCGCAUACAUAUACUUUAAGAAGUUUGAAUAUUGCAAAUAUUCCCCAAAUGUUCGGAGCUGCAAACCAAACACAGAUGGAAUCUCGUCUUUUGAAAACCUGUUGGCCAGCACCAUUCUGCGAAUCUUUGUGUGGUUUGUGGCAUUCAUCAUUUGCUUUGGAAACUUCUUUGUUAUCUGCAUGAGGUCGUUCAUUAAAACAGAAAACAGGCUACACACCCUUUCGAUCAAAUCACUCUGCUGUGCUGAUUGCUUGAUGGGAGUCUAUCUCUUCCUCAUUGGUGCCUUUGAUGUUAAGUACCGUGGGGAAUAUAACAAACAUGCCCAGCAGUGGAUGGAAAGCACAAAAUGUCAGCUUAUUGGUGCACUAGCCAUGCUUUCCACUGAAGUCUCUGUCAUGCUACUGACGUACAUGACUCUAGAGAAAUACAUGUGCAUUGUCUUCCCAUUCAAUCACUAUAGACCAGGCAAGCGGCAGACGAUGUCAACGCUGAUAUUAAUCUGGAUUGCAGGUUUCAUCAUUGCAAUCAUUCCACUGUGGAACAAGUCCUUGUUUGGCAAUUACUAUGGAAAGAAUGGAGUGUGCUUCCCUCUUUAUUCUGAUCAGUUUGAGAAUCUUGGAGCAAGAGGAUAUUCUACCGGAAUAUUUCUGGGUUUGAACUUACUAGCUUUCAUCAUCAUAGUCUUCUCCUACACCAGCAUGUUUUAUUCAAUCCAUAAGACGGGAGCACAGUCAGCUGAGAGGAGUUUUUUUUCCAGAGAGGUGGCGAUUGCAAAACGUUUUUUCUUCAUUGUGUUCACUGAUUUCCUCUGCUGGAUCCCCAUCUUUCUAUUGAAGAUACUAUCUCUACUCAGAGUAGAAAUACCAGGUAACGUGACAUCUUGGGUUGUAAUCUUCAUUCUGCCUAUAAACAGUGCCCUGAAUCCAAUCCUCUACACAAUUACAACUGCAUCCUUUCAGGAAAAGCUAAAGCAGUGUUUGCAGAGCCAAGAUUUUCUUGGGCCAACAAAGAGCCUCACAAGUAGCACGCAAACGAGCAAUGUAUAGCCGCCGCCCGCAAGAGCUUCACUCAAGGGAGUGCUACCAUCUUACUUCCCGAAAUGGGUGGUUUGUAACAUGGCCAAUCAUUACAACGUUGAAUGAGGCUUACCAUCUCGGCAAGAGCAAUCACUGUGUAACAGACUCACAUCUGACAGCAUAAUUCGAGGGAGCUUUAUCACCACAUUUCAUAAUCCCACCGCUGAACUGUGGGAGAUGUAUAUCAAGUCUGGACAAAUAAUCACUGUGUAACGCAACUAUUCCUGGUGACCAUGUCUCUAACAAUUUCAUUUCUUCCCAUGGAUUAGUGCAACAUCUGUUACCUUUACUGCCUAACAAAUUCUGAUGUACAUACCACCAACUUUGCGUGCACUGAGUGCGGGAGGAAAGGGGUGAGGCACCCUCCAUUUAUUAGUUGGCAUGCAUUAUUCCACCCUUUCACCAGCUCCAGACCAUGAAAUUGCUCAGUGUCCCUCCCAAAUCAUCAUACACAAUUGUGCCACUGUUUUUCACCACCAAAUCAUACAAUAUUGAUACAGA